AUGCAACAAUAAAAAAUAUUAUUUUUUCUUUAUAAAGAAUUCUAAGAAAAUCAAAUAAAUUUCUUUUACGAGAGAUCGAGUGUUAAUUUUUAAAGAUUAAGGCAUUUUGCUAAAGUAAAACUUAAGUCUUACACAAAUUUGCCAUUUAUUUUGCAGAACCUUUUUAUUUAAAAAAAAUUAUAAAUGAAAAAAAAUAGAAAAAAUAAAUUUUAAUUAACAAUUAUAAAAUUUUUAAUUUAAAAAACUAAAUUUAAAUUUUAUAUGUAUAAAUCAUUUAAUUAAAGUUAAGUAAAUAAAACUAGUAGAGAUUUAAAAUUUAUAGUUAUUUUCCUACUUUUUUUAAAUAAAAUGUAAAAAAAUACUCAUUAAAUAAAAAAAAAUUAUUUUUACUUAAAGCCUAAAACAAAAAUUUAUAGGUUAACGCACUUUUCUAGGCCACAAAUUAAUUAUGAAAUAUUAUUUUCAUCUUUAUAUUAAUUACUUUUUAAAAUAAAAAGUUAUAUUUUUAGUUUGCAGAAAAUAAUUUUUAGAAUUUAUUUGAUAAAAAAAUAAAUUAAUUAAUUAAAUUAAAACUCAAACUUGAAAAAUAAAAUAAAUAAAUAAAUAAGAAAAAGAUAAAAAUAAUUAAAUCUUCAUUUUUAAUAUUAAUUUUUAAAUUAAAAUAAGAUUUAAUAAACAUUUUUUGGUAAUUCUUAUUAAAAAAUAAAGAUUGAUUAUACGCUAUGA